AUGCCUGCAAAAAUUGCGACAAAACGGUUGCAGGAAGAGAACCUGCUUCUCACAGAUUUUAUUGUCGCCUGGAAACAAUGCAUGUUUGAAAUCCAGGAAGUCAACACAUCUCUAGCGAAAUCCCUGGUCAAGAACAUGGAAACGAGGCUUCAGACACCCAUGGAAAGCGAAGUCCUCCUCGCAGCAAUGCUUCUAGAUCUUAGAGUUUGCACUUUGUUGACCAUCGAGCAAGAAGAGCAAGCUAUCCAGCACUUGCGAAAACUGUGGAAUAAAUUACAGUCGCAAGCAAAACGCGUCGCAGUUGAAUCGAAUGAACCAGCUGAGAGCACAAUCAAUGAGAAUGAGCAAGAGAAUACUGAAAAUAGCGCAUCUCAAAAGCUGGCUACGCUCAUCCAACAAAAGUAUUUGGAGAAGCAUCAAGGGCAGGAAGGUCAUCAGUAUGCAGGCUACGACAUCGCCAUCGCCUUGAGGAGUUUCAGCCAUCAACCUCCGCGCUCGCUACAGUCCAGCGUGCUCACAUACUGGAAAGAAGACCGGUACAAAUGGCCAGAACUAUUUUCACUGGCCAUGAUUGUACUCGCGACGCCUGCUACUCAGGUGAGCGUCGAAAGACUGUUUUCCGCGAUGAAAUUUAUUUUUUCCGUCUACCGGUCGAGUUUGAAGGGCAACAUUGUGGAUGCCAUUCUUGUUAUUCGAUGCAAUAAGGACAUUUUUGGAAGUAAUGGCGAAGCCCAAAAAAAUAAGAAAUUGAAGUUGGCUCCGAAACAACUCAGGGACAUAUAA